CGGCGGCGGGCGGGCGGACGGGGCGGGCGCGGGCGGCGCCGAGGACGAGGCCGCAGGAGGGCCGGCCGGCCGGCGGGCGAGCGCCGCCGCCGACGCACACGAGGUGACCAGGCAUUGAUGCACCCCCAGGGAGGCCACGCGCUCGAGGAGGCCACCCCCGCUGGCUGCUGCUCACAUGGUUUCUGGGCCCCUGGCACUCCGGUGGUGCGUGUGGGCAGGGCGCGGGGACAUGGGGCCCGACAUGGAGCUGCCCAGCCACUCGAAGCAGCUCCUGCUGCAGCUGAACCAGCAGCGGACCAAGGGCUUCCUGUGUGAUGUCAUCAUCAUGGUGGAGAACUCCAUCUUCCGCGCCCACAAGAACGUGCUGGCCGCCAGCAGCAUCUACUUCAAGUCCCUGGUCCUGCACGACAACCUCAUCAACCUGGACACGGACAUGGUCAGCUCCACGGUGUUCCAGCAGAUCCUAGACUUCAUCUACACGGGCAAGCUGCUGCCCAGUGCCCAGCCGGCCGAGCCCAACUUCAGCACGCUCCUCACCGCCGCCAGCUACCUCCAGCUGCCCGAGUUGGCAGCCCUUUGCCGGCGCAAACUCAAGAGAGCUGGCAAGCCCUUCGGCUCCGGGCGGGGCGGGGCUGGCCUGGGGCGGCCCCCCCGCAGCCAGCGGCUGUCCACGGCCUCGGUCAUCCAGGCCCGGUAUCCGGGGCUCGUGGAAGGGCGCAAGGGGGCCCACCCCCCACAGGAGCUGCCCCAGGCCAAAGGCUCUGACGACGAGCUCUUCCUGGGCGGCCCCGGCCCGGAGAGUGCGCACGGCCUGGGCCGGCCCGUCUGUCCCCCCGGCGGGGAGGCCGGCCUGGGCAGCUGCAGCACCAACGGGAGCGGCGGGGGCUGUGAGCAGGAGCUGGGCCUGGACUUGUCCAAGAAGAGCCCCCCGCUGCCCCCUGCCACCCCCGGGCCCCCCCUCACCCCCGACGACCCGGCCCAGCUGAGCGACAGUCAGCAAGGCUCGCCCCUCUCGGCCUCUGCCCCUCCCGUCGCCAACAGUGCCUCUUAUGCCGAGCUGGGGGGCGCCCCCAGUGAGCCCAUGGAUCUGGAGGCGGCCGAGGACGACGCCCUGGGCCUGCUGGAGGGGCCGGGUGGGCAGCCCCCCCGGAAGAGCCUCCGGCACGCGGCGCGCAAGAAGGAGUGGGCCAAGAAGGAGCCCUUGGCCGCCUCCCCCUUUGAGCGGAGGGCGGCAGCGCCCAAGGGCCCCUGCCCGGCGGGGGAGGAGGCCGAAGGGCUCGGGGACAGGGUUCCCAAUGGCAUCCUGGCCGGCAGCGCGGCGGCGGGGGGGCCCUACGGGGAGCCCCCGCACCCCUGCCCGGAGGAGGAGGAGAACGGCAAGGACGGGAGCGAGGACAGCGGGCAGAGCGGCAGCGAGGGCGGCAGCGGCCACGCCGGCGCCCACUAUGUGUACCGGCAGGAGGGCUACGAGACGGUGUCCUACGGGGACAACCUGUACGUGUGCAUCCCCUGCGCCAAGGGCUUCCCCAGCUCCGAGCAGCUCAACGCGCACGUGGAGACGCACACGGAGGAGGAGCUCUUCAUCAAGGAGGAGGGCGCCUACGAGACGGGCAGCGGGGGCGCCGAGGAGGAGGCCGAGGACCUGUCGGCGCCCAGCGCGGCCUACGCGGCCGAGCCCCGGCCCUUCAAGUGCUCGGUCUGCGAGAAGACCUACAAGGACCCGGCCACGCUGCGGCAGCACGAGAAGACGCACUGGCUGACCCGGCCCUUCCCCUGCAACAUCUGCGGCAAGAUGUUCACGCAGCGCGGCACCAUGACGCGCCACAUGCGCAGCCACCUGGGCCUCAAGCCCUUCGCCUGCGACGAGUGCGGCAUGCGCUUCACGCGCCAGUACCGCCUCACCGAGCACAUGCGCGUGCACUCGGGCGAGAAGCCCUACGAGUGCCAGCUGUGCGGCGGCAAGUUCACGCAGCAGCGCAAUCUCAUCAGCCACCUGCGCAUGCACACCUCCCCCCCCUGAAGCCAAAGACCUCGCCGGCCGGGCGCCCCGCUGUAAUCGC